GGUUGAGGUCGCGCGCUUUUAUCGGUGCAUUCCGUGUGUUUUUAACGAGCCAGAAAGUGGAACUGAGCUUCUGGGUAGCAGUGCAUCGGGUCUAGAUUCGGUCUGGUUUUAUGGUGCCCCUGUUUAUCCGGGCCCGCGUGAGGCAAACAAACGGAUUUUUAGCGAGUUUAAUCUAAAUUAUAUGUAUGAUAAUUUCUGCGUGAAGCAGUCAUUUUCGUAUUGCUUGUACGGUUAAUUAAUUUUUUUGGGAGGUGGUAUCGUGUUGUUUUGUUUGUCGUUUUCGUCAGUGCACAAACAACUGAAGGACUGAAGGUGAAUUACAACAAAUAAUCGCAUAACAAGCUAGAAGAAUAUUGAUCCAAAAGAAACGAGAAGAUUAUUAAAGAAGAAAAGAAGGCCGUUUCAAAGCAGAGAGAAGAAAAGUUUCACGUUUCGGAGAGCUCACUGUUGUAGUGUAGGAUGAAUGUUAUUAUUUUUAUGAGCUGAGCACUGUGUUCUUCUUGUCGGGUUUUGCUGGCGAUCAUUGCAGUCAUUGAAGAAGACGGUGACGGCAGGCGGUGGUGGCGACGGUGACGGCGGCGGCUGCGAAUGCUUGAACGUGCGGUGGAAUGUGUAGCGGGAUCACGAUGCCUGGUUUUCUCCGGCAUUAUUGGUGAUGAUGCCUGUUUUCGAUACGUUUUCCGGGAUUGAAAUGAUGUGAAGAAAUACUCAUAAGUGGCUACGCACAAACAUUAGAUGUUUUAACUCGGAUGUAACAGCUGGGCAGAGUAAGAAAAAAAAACGUGUACAUUUAAAAGUGUUUAGUGGAAUGAUGAUCGCAUAUCGCAAAGUACUGUUUCUAUGACUUCAAUUGUUCUUUGACUGAGAAGAUUGUCUGCCUGUGCUAAAUACUUUGCGCUAGAGCUUACUCAGACCAGACGAAACAGUUGCAUCGAUGAUGAAUCACAAACGUGUGCACAUUUUACUACUCCUGUUGGCUGUUGCCAACAGCAAAGUGUGGAGUACAUCGGAAUUUGCUGCCUUGCGCACUUGUGAACCGAUUCGAAUCGAACUGUGCCGAGGGAUUGGAUACAAUGAAACAUCCCUGCCUAAUCUGGUCGGGCAUGAGUUGCAGUCUGACGCAGAUUUUACGCUGCAAACGUUCUCUCCCCUGAUCCAGUACGGAUGCAGUAAGCAGUUGAAGUUCUUUCUCUGUGCCGCAUAUGUACCGAUGUGUACCCCAAAGGUACCACUGCCGAUUGGGCCGUGUCGGGGACUUUGCUUAACCGUUAAGACACUUUGUCACCCUAUUCUACAAGGAUUUGGCUUCCCGUGGCCAUCGGCACUAGACUGCAAUCGGUUUCCGGAGGAAAACAAUCAUGAACACAUGUGUAUGCAAGGGCCUGGAGAACCGACGGACGUCGUGAUGAUUUCCAAGAAUGAUCGACCUUCGUGUCAAGGAUUGAUCAAAUCUCACCUGUACGUCCGAUUGAACCGAUCGGGACGGUGUGCACCGCUCUGUGAGGCGGAUAUUAUGUUCGAGCAGAACGAAAAACAUUUGGCCGAAGUUUGGCUAACAUCGUGGAGUGUGGCUGCACUUUUCACCGCCAUUGUAGCGACAUUGUGUUUGAUCCUGGCCACCAAACGAUGGGACAAGGUUCUUAUGCCCCUAGUCAUCAGUCAUUGCUUGGUUACGGUUGGCUGGGCCGUCCGGUGGCUGGCCGGACGAAAUGCUACUGCCUGCGGCUAUGAUACACAGCUUCCGGGCGUUUCGCUUCUGCUCACGGAUGGCCUUAUGACGGCACCAUGUGCGGCCACCUUCCUGCUGCGGUACUACUUCGGAAUGUCGGCUGCUGUUUGGUGGACGAAUCUUUGCUUGCGCUGGAGCAAAACGGUUCGCAGGCUGCUGAGCACGGACCUGAACGGCGAUCCGCACUCGGAAAAGAUGGAGUCGUCGUACAAUACCUUACUGCAGCUGGCCGCGUGGGGACUACCGGCACUGCAAACCGUGGUAGUUCUGGUGGUGCGACUAGUCGACGCUGAUGAACUGUUCGGUUCCUGUUUCAUCGGAAACCAGUCCGACAGAGCACUGCUCGGUUUCGUGCUGGUUCCAUUGCUCACCUAUUGGGUCAUCGGUUCCGGUUAUCUUUUCACAGCGUAUCUACGGAAACGGUCCUCAUCGACGCUGCUGGUCAACAAUCUGCCGGUGCAGAUCACCGGAAUGGGACAGUUCCUGUUCAUCUACUCGGUUCCGAGCUUCCUGCUACUGAUGAUAAUGUUCUACGAGUUCGCCUAUCGGGAGAACUGGCUGAACGUUCCGCACCCUUCGCUGGAACCGGUGUCAUCGGUGAAAGCCCCCAUCUGGCCGUUCAUCCUGCGGGCGGUAAUUGAGCUACUGGUCGGAGUGCUGGCAUCGGCGUGGGCCGUCGGGCCUCGAAUCGCCAGCCUCUGCCGCAGUAAGAUCAACCACCAGGUUUAUAAACAGCCACAGCCAAAGUUUCCCCAAUCACCGUACUCGACGGCCUCCUAUCAGACGGUUUGCCCGCAGAACUCGGUGGUAUCGGUGUCGUUGGGUAAAAUUCCUCCACGACACGCAAGAAAAUAUCCCUCGCAUUCGCACAUUAACCGAAAACCACGUACUUACAAGGCGUCCUCGCAAACGAUGAGCCUGACCGGUAACGAGACUGUGCUGUGAUGGGAGCUCCGUGGGCUGUAAAUUAUGCGAACCAAGCGGACAAAACAGGGAUCCGACCGAAGCGACGGAAUUAUCAAUUAUCGACGUACAUGUUACGUUGGCGAAAAAUGUGAUAUUAAGUUUAAGAUGAAGUUUAAAUUAUUUUAUUUCAGUGUGAAGACUAAAGGUUAAAUAAUGGUGUACUUUUUUGUGUGAAACUGUAACUGCUAGUAAGUUUUUAGGUUUGAUACUUAAGACAAGUUUAAUUAUAUGUUGUAAAAAUAAUAUCUUGUGCAUUGCCUGGCACUGGUGCUGAGGUUGAAACUGACGGGGGAAAAACAGCACGAUCAAGCGUGGUAAUGAAUAGCAAGUAAUCUACAUACAUGCCGGUGCUGAUGGGGCGCGGAUAGCUUCCAGGCUGAUCGGUACAUUGCAUGUUCUUAUUUAUGGGCAUAAGCGUGCACGGGAACGGUGCGCACGUUUGGAUAUUGCACAUAUGCGGGUAGUAAAAUGGUUAUGGCGAAUAGUUGUUAAGCGACUUCAACGGGGGCGGGUGGAAGAGCAACACGCAAGAAAUAAAAAAUGUAUCUCAGGCCGCCUGGUUACACUAGGAUCAUGCAGUCUUUCGCGGGUCUAGAUAUGCAUCGGAUCGAGUAGGUUAGGACGAUUUUGGAACCUACUUUGGCACUUAAUUCGUAGGGUGUUGAGUGUUAUUCCGGGUCUAUGCGUUUAACUGGCGUUUUUUUUCAUAAAAGUUGCGACUGGAGUAAAUUUCUCAACAUUGCGAAAUAUAUCAAGUUUUCUAUUUUCAUUUGUUAAAAAAGUCUAAAAAAAAGCUUUUAAAAGCUUUCUUAAUGCUUUUAAAAGCUAACGUUUGAACUUAUUUUCCCAUGAAAAUUUUGCGGAUUGAAAUGAAUUCUAUUUAUCGUUUGCGUCAUUUAUAACAUUAUAUCUCCAGUACCAAAAAUGUCAACUGUUUGAUCUUCCAUCGUGAUCGAUGACCUAAUAGUAUUCUGCAAAUAAGCCAAAGAUUGUAGAAAUCAGUUUAGUCAUCUCCGAGAAAACAAAUGCAUAGAUAAAGUGCAGUUCGCUAGUUAUUUAUACUAUUAAAUUUUUAGAACCGGAAGUGUCAGCCAUUUAAUUUUCGAACUUGAUCAAUGAUCCAAUAGUAGCUUGCAAACUAUCCUAAAAUUAUUUAUAGUCAGUCAUCUCCGAGAAAAUUGAGUGGCUAUAGAAAUCUUUCAAAAGUGCGCACGUACAUUGAAAUCUUGUCGAGCUUAAUCGAGAAGUACAUAACACUGAAGGCCUCCGAGGAUUCGAAAACCCUGAUUUAACAGGAAUUUUAUAUUUUUGCAUUUCUCAUACAGAAAGGUUAUGCAAUCACUGUGACAACCGACUUCUGAACCGAGGCCCGUACCAAGUGUCAUAUCCCAAGUAGCAAUUCGCAACUAGUUCUGAUACGACAAAGUCCAAACUAUGUUGAAACAAGAGCACGAAUAUGUUUUUUAUGUUAUACUGGUUAAAAUAUGGUGACAGCAAUGUUUCAUCAUAACAUAACUAGUUACGAAAUAGUUAUUUAGGUUUCCAAUCAUAACAUCUUUGUGUCAUAUUGAAUUAAAUAUAAUUUAUAAGCUAUCGUUACUUAAUCCAAACAUAUCUUCAAUCACAACAAUGCAUCUAGCUACUAGUUGAAAAUAAGUUUAUUUGACUUCAAUAGUAGCAACCCGUAACUAGUUUUGAUACCACUUAGCCCAACUGUGUUGCAACAAGAGCAUGAACAUGUUUUUUAUGUUAUACUGGUCAAAACAAGGUGACAGCAGUGUUUCUUUAUAACGUAAACAUUGAACUAACUAUCAUUUGUAAGUUAUCGUUACUUGAUUCUAACAUAUCUUUAAUCACAGCUAUGUUUUUAGCUACUAGUUGAAAAAAGGUUUAUUUUCCGUUGUGAAACCAUUAUAAAUACGUAAACGUAUAUGUGAAUCGUUACUGUGAAUUGAUAUAGCAAUAACUUAGAUAUUAUAAGAUUAUAACAUAAUUUCUUCAUUGAUUCAGAUAGUUAUCGGUAGGUUUUCCCAACGUUAUGAUAACGAAAAUGCAAACGAAACAACCUUUCUUGGCUUGAAUAUGGCGAACACAAUAUGGAGUCUCAAGAAGUGUAUGAAACGUAAAUGAAACCAGGAUAUUACUUUUUUCAAAACUACUUUUUGCCGAAAAUAGUGAAAGGCAGAAUAGUCAUUUUUGUUCUAUGCACUUUCAUAAACACGAAGAAAAUAAUAUAGGGAUUGAACAUCGAUUGUGAUAAUAUUAUAAUUCUCAUGAUAUAUGAGUUUAAAAUGAUUAGAAAUCACUCUACUUGGAAUAAUUUUGAGUAUUCUGAACAUAGGGUUAUUUUGUUGUUUAUUUUUUAUAUCUUUAUAAACAGAUUUGGAUUGAAGGCGCAUAAAAAACAGUUAAGUAAAAUUGAAUUCCGCUCGACAGUUUUUGGAUCGUUGUGAAAUUUGUACCUUGUAUCAAGUUUGUGACUGAAAGUACUCUUCUGCUUUUUUAUUAAUGAUAGAAAAGUAUUCUGGAUUCAUUCAAUGUUUAUAAUGUCGAUGGUGACUAAGUUUCAACUAGUUUACUUGAAAACAAGUUAUUUUCAAGUUAUGAAAAGAUAAGUUAUUUCAGUAUGGCAUUACAACGUAACGACAACUUAUUUUUAGCCGACUUAACAACUAGUAGAAACUGCGCUUUUUGAGUCAUGCAAGUGGUUAGAUGUUAGUAACAAUCACUCAAAUAUCUGGUUGCAAACUAGUCACAAACAAGCUAGCGUAACAAAAAUUGUUACUUGGGAUACCAUUCGACUCAGUUCGUCGAGUACGCAAAAUGUAUGUGUGUAUGUAACAUUUUUUUCUACUAACUUCUCGGAGAUGGCUGGACCGAUUUUCACAAACUUAGAUUCAAAUGAAGGAUCUUGUGGUCCCAUACAAAAUUCCUGAAUAUUAUUUGGAUCUGACUUCCGAUUCUGGAACUAUGGGGUAAAAUGUGCAACAAAUGAAAAUAUGUGUACUAACUUCUGAAUUUCACUUGAAUCCGACUUCCUAUUCUGGAAUUAUAGGGUAAAUUGUGUUAACAAUUUUAUACCAUCACUUUAAGGGGUAAAACAAAAAUCGUAAAAAUAUUCUGAAUCGGCCUCAAAACUACUCCAAUCGGUAAUAAAAUAAACUGAUUUCGGCUAUCCUGGUUCCUGGUUUCCUGGAAAUAGUAGUCAUAUUUUACCAAAUGGAUAUCAUUCACUUUUCUCAGUGAUGGUUUGACCGAUUUUCACAAACGUAGAUUCAAAUGAAAGGUCUCGUGGUCCCAUACGGAAUUCUUCCGUCAUUCGGAUCCGACUUCCAGUUCCGGAAUUAUAGGGUAAAGUGUGUUAAAAGCUUUAUACCAUCCCUUAAAGGAGCGAAACAGAAAUCGUAACUACUCCAAUCGGUAGUCAUUAUCAGUAGACGGCCCAACAUUCCGAUUCCAGCUAUUCUUUCAAGAAUGGCAGAAAAAUAUUUUGAAGAAUAUCACAGUAUUAUAUACGAUAGUAUGAUUGAUAUGAGAAAGGUAUCAUUACACCACUAGGUGGAUUUAAACAGGUUUUUCUUAAAAGAAAAAUCUAAAUACCGAGUAUGGAUAUGAAGGUGUUUUUUUUUGUCAAAAUGAAACUAAUUUUGAAUGGAAAAUUGAAAAACAAUAAAUCAAGGUAUUGACCAUUCCUUUGUACACAUCUUGCAGGUGGUCAAUUUAUGGAUACCAAGCCAAUAGAAAUUUUCGUCUUUUGAAUAAACCAAUCAGAUACCCUAUUCUCGACUUCUUCGUAGGAAUCAAAGUGCUGUUUAGUCAAUGCGUGGCGCAUCGAUGGAAGCAAAUGGUAGUCGGAAGGGGCUAUGUGUGUUGAAAACGGCGGAUGGAGUAAGAAGUGUAUCGAAAAUACGCUAUCCACAAUUUUUUUCUUCAAAUUAUGAUAAAAAACGAUAUUUUAUUCAAACUAAAAAUAGAUCCUUUAUUGUACGAGGUUAAACUUGAGAAUAAUGAAAAUCGGAUGAAAUUUAAGCUAUUCGUUCACGAAUUUUGGAACUUUUGAUCGAACGUUCUUCAUCAAGUUCCAGACAAGUGUUGCAUCGCAUUUUUUGGACGCCUGAGCCCAAUUUUUUUUAAUUCCUGCAUGUUCCCAGCUGCCUUACCAGUCUUCUUGAAGACCCUAAUCACGAUUUCCCAGUAACGUUCGAUUGAUCGAAGCUGAAGGCAAUUUGGUGGAUUGAUAUUUUCCUCAACGAAAUUUAUACCCUUUUCCGCAAGCCAAUUGAGAGUGGUUUUGGCAUAGUGAGCCGACGCUAAAUCCGGCCGAAACAGUGGAGGUGUACUAUGCUUCUUAUAUAAAGACAGCUUCUGGAGACUCAGAUCAAUAGAUUUCUGCAUUUAUAGUUUCGAUAUUGUAAAAAAUGGUGACUUCAAACCACAGGAACAUAUUGCUUGCCAUACCAGUACCUUUCGACCGAAUUUCUCCACUUGAAUCGACCUAUCGGCAUCGCUCACAUCCUCCCCAACGACGACAGUAAAGUAUUGUGGACCUGUAAGUGUUUUUGAGUCCUCCUUUACAUGAGUCUCAUCGUCCAUCAAAACGCAUGCAUCCGGACACUGCAAAAGACGCGAAUACAAUUUCCGGGCCCUUGCUGCUGCUCGCUUCUAUACUUUGUUUCGAGAUUUUCUGCUUCUUGUAGGUCUUCAGGUGAUUUCGCCUCUUGAUACGCUGGGUCAUUGCGACACUCGUUUCUGCUUUAUUUGUCAAAUCACGUAUUGGCAUUGAUCUGUUCUUCAUGAUUAGAGAUACCACUUUCUGGUCCAGUUUCGGAAAGACGCGGGUUUUUUGCCUCUUCUUGGUAGCUCAUCCAAAGAACAGUAUUCCCCAAACUUAUUAAUUAUGGUUUUAACACUGACAUGAUGAAUUCCAAACCGCUUCGCCAAUUUUCGCAUUGUAAUAGCCUUCCCACUUAGCCAUGCGUCCAGAACCUUAAUUUUCACUUCUUUUUCAAUACGCGAAAUUUUGAAAACGCAGAAUUUCAACCGCACAAACAAGUAAACAAACGAAAGUUGACAGCCAAACGCACAGCAUGCUGUGAUCUGAGCAUGAAAAAGUAUCACAAAUACAUGCGUACAACACAAAUGUAUGUGGAUAGUUUAUUUUUGAUACACUCCUUACCAACUCCCAGCCAAAGGUUUAGAUUAUAUCCUGAAAUGGUUUUGCUUUGCGUGAAGGUACAUUGUCGUGUAACAAAAUCACAAAAUCAAUUCUGAUCGUUUUUUGAACAAGUGCUGGUUCAAUUGAUCAUUUCUGUAUUUAAUGUUCAUUACAACCUAAGUAACAAAAGUAAACAAACUGAGUUUUUUAUUGCAUUUUGUUAGGGUUGUUCUAAUACACGCACUACCCGAACACCGUUUCUCAAUUCACUAUAGAUUCUCUAAAAAAUCUGUCAACACAUUUGACGUAUGUAGCAGAGGAUGAGGUUUUGUUCUCGCUGGAUGUCACGUCACUAUACACAAACGUACCGAUCGACUUUGCGCUAGAGUGUCUAAGUAACAGAUGGAGUGAAAUAGAAAAGCACACAACCAUUGAUCGGGAUAGUUUUUUGGACAUGGUUAAGCUUGUGUUGGAGUCUACCUUUUUCGUACACCGAGGCGUAGUGUAUGCGCAAACCUUCGGGGUACCAAUGGGAUCACCAUUAUCGCCUGUUAUUGCCAAUUUAGUAUUGGAACGUUUGGAGCAGCAAUGCAUAACCAUGAUGGAGGAAAAACAAAUACAAAUGAAUGUGUAUCGACGAUACGUCGAUGACUGCUUCUGUGUGGGAAAAAAGGAACACAUUCAGGACAUCGUAGAGUCGUUUAAUAGUUUCCAUAGUAAACUUCAGUUUACUUUUGAAAAUGAAGAAGAUGGAAAACUCAAAUUCCUCGAUAUGAUGUUGUUCCGAAACAACGAUCACAUCGAACGAAUAUGGUUACCCAAACAAUCUGAUGGGAGAUAUCUGGAUUUUGAGUCCGAAAGUCCUUAUUCGCACAAAUGCAACACUGCGAUUGCACUAAUAGAUCGAGCAAUCAAACUAUCCGACUGUAAGAACCGUCCAUCAGCCAUAAGAACAGUCAAGGAAAUUUUACAAAUAAACCAUUACCCUAAAUGGUUUGUUUGCAAAAUACUGAAGGAACGUGUCCACAAACACUACAACAGCCUGCAGGAGGAAAAAGAAAAAGAUCUAGCGCAGUCGUAUGUUGCAGUUCCGUACAUCCCUGGACUUAGUGAAAAAUUGGAAAGAAUUUUUAAAAAAGUACAGCACAAAACUUGCUUUUAAGCCGAGGGAUAAAAUUAAGAAUCAAAUUUUCACUAAGUUAAAAGAUCCAAUCCCACCAGGGAAACAGACGAACGUGGUGUACACAAUCCCAUGCGGAACAGACGAUGGCAAAGUUUACAUCGGACAAACGGGAAGAAAACUAGAGACAAGAGUAGCGGAACACAAGAACGAUACGAGGAAAAAAGAUGCAAGAACUGGGUUAUCUCAACACACACAACAAGAAGGACACAUCUUCGACUUUGCCAACACCCGAAUACUGGAACGAAUCGAGAACCAGGAGAGCAGAGUUACAGCAGAAAUGUUUCACAUAAAAAUACUCGGCGAGGAGAGAACAGUCAAUCUCCAGAGAGAGUGUGGAACUUUCUGCACUACGUACAAUGGUCUGAUGGCUAAGUUCCGACAGUAUUGGAAUAGUAAGGAUGAUAGGCGGUCAGAAGCAUACGAUAACCCAGCCGUCGGCAGUGAGUGAACGAAUGAUAGAAUGGAGUGAUUGAAUAUUGUAAAAGUUUUGUUGAAUGUAAGUCGAUUGUUUGCUUUUCUUGUGACUGUUAUUUGAUGUAAAUUUGUAUUUGAAUUGUAAAAUGUAUGUACUUAAUGACGAAAAAUAUAUGUUGUAGGCGUCCGACGAUGGCUGAAGAGUAGUAGGCCGAAACGUUAUGCUGAACAAAAAACGUUAAGAACAGUGUUUCAAUUCUCACCGAAAAAAAUCAACAAACAACCAUAAUUGAACAAAGUUGCGGUGACCAGAACAAAAAAAAAACAUUUGACGUAUGUCGAAAUCAGUGAAAAAUAAUCAUCAAUGCUAUUAACGUCAAUUGGUAAUGUUUUGACCAAUGUACCAAAGUAUAAACAAAAGUGUAUGCGCGGACUUACGACAAAAUAGUUUUUCUCGAAAAAGCAGAACUGGUGUGAUAUUCUGAAUCUGAGACUAGAUGUAGAGUUGGAGAUAUUUAAUGGGUUCGAUAUGCUAUUGAGCUUUUUGAAAAACGCAGAUUAAUUUGAAAAGAAACUGGUUGGGUUCCAAUCGUAGAAACCGUUAUGAAUUCUUCAUCAAACGAAAGCGAAAGUUCUCAAUACACACUAAAAACGAAUCGACUGUCAUGUUUUGCCAUCUGAUAUGCAAAACUAGCUAUCAGUAAUGUUUUCGAGCUAAACUGGGUUUCACACAAGUGCGAGUAACAAAACGACAAAGGUAAACUUCGACUUACGCAGAACGACUUAACAAUCAAGAGGAAAACGACUUAUGUGUCAAGUCAAUCAUAAAAAAAACGAUGUACACGAUCAAAUUACAAAACGACGUGAGUGUCGUUUUUGCCUAAAAGUUAUUUUUGUGGCUGAAAAUUGUGAAUUAGUUACUAUGAUACGCAUACAAAUUAGAAAAUUUGGUGAAGAGAUGAAUCAGGAAUCAGAACAAAUUGGCUCGAAUGGCACGUUCCCCUUGAUAUUUGGAGAUUUGUGCCUGUAACGAUUAGUAUUAAUAUCACCUAGGAUUAAAUCAUUUUAUCGCCAUUAAUAAUUCGUUGUAAAACUGAUUUUCUUUCGUGUCUUUGAAGCAAACCAUACACUCUCAUUGAACAUAACUCAAAAUUGAGUGACACAUCACUCAAAUUCAUAAAAAGUGCACGUACUCUAAACUUUAGUUACCACCUAUCUACUCAUUUUUGCGUUAAGGGACGAAAUUGUCAAAAUUUGAGUAAUUUUUACUCAAAAUAAGAAAAAAAUAUUUUGUUCAAAAUUUGAGUAAGUUCAACUCAAAAUUUGAGUUUCUUGCUCUCAAAAUGAAGAAAUUUUUCUUUGUUAAUUUUCAUAUACAAAGUUAUUCUUCUUGCUUUUGAAUGCGCAAAAUAGUGACUCAAACCCGUUUCCUUUUGAACAGUUUGGAGUAAAAAUUGAAUUAUUUUGAUAUCCUUAUGUUGCGCUUUUCACCAAGCAUAAUUGAAACCACAAAACAUCAAUGAUUGACGUUGAUUCAUGUUUUCAAAACCGGAUCUAGAAACGGCAAUGGAAAACGACGUAUUCUUGCAUUCUUUAUUUCGAUAAGAAUAUUCCGAGAAUGAAAAUGCACUGAACUGCAAGAAGUAUUUUUUUCACUCAAAUGUUUAAAAACUCAACGCUUACUCUAAUGUAAGAAUAAAUGCGAGAGAACUCAUGGCAACGAGUUUAUUUUACUCAAAUCCAUACUCAAAUUUUGACAUAUUGUUCCAGUUUACGAAUUUGAGUAAUCGCACCUCAAACCAUGAUUUAUGUUCAAAGAGCGUGUAUGCCUCAACAGCAUUCGAUGCGACUCUACAGCACUUGCAGCACUGACUUGUUGUACACGCUUACUUGUAACUACUCAGUGGCAGGAAACGAUAUUUUAUCCAAAACUGGGUAGAACCCUAUCAAAUUGAUUGAUACGAUGUCUGAUGAAAGUGUCACUGACUAUAAGUGACAUCCAUCGUAAAUCACCCAACGUUUUUUUUUACAACUACUCAAUUUUUGGGUAGGUAUGGUUUUUGCAAAAGUGGGUACCAGUACGAUCUGUGAUGGCAACUGAAGUUCAAUAAUUGCCAAUUAUUUUAGGAUUAGGCGAAAUUACGGACAAUUCAAUGGUUCCGACAUCACUGUACCUGCCAUUAAAGGUAGGCUAAGGCUAAUUCGCAGGAAAACAUUAUGUUUUGCAAUUUUUGUGACGACUCAGUCAAAACAGUUGGUAUGAAAAUACGGAAAUUGCAGGAAUUAUGAAAAUACGGCAAUGACAGCAAACACAAACUUUUCUUCGUAAAUUAUGUACAAAAAUAGUGCUCAAAUUUGUAAAAGCAAUUCUUCUCUCUAACUAUUUGCAGAGAAUAAUAACUAAAACUAUUAUCUUUUUUUCGCACUGAAGCAACGAUUGAAAAAUACAGGGCUAUUCCGUAAUAAUUGAAAGAGAAAGAGAAACAAAGCGAAUCUGUCAUUUGCACUUACGUCGUAGUGAAAAUUCUAUACAGAAUUGUAAUAUUGCAAUUUUGUGAUUGUGGUUCUCCGUAUACUUUUUAGCGUAAUUUCGUUUUUGUUCGGAAGAUGUUCUCAAACCUGCAUUUUUGGGCACAAUUUUCAACUUAAUCCACAUAUGUCUGACAUUUUCAUGUUUCACACAAUACUCGUUAUUCUACCGGGUGCUGAUUUGAAUUUGAUUAUUCGUUUAAUUUAGUUGUAUUUCUUAUAGUGCAGUGCUUACCGAAGUUGGAAGUAAACAAAUCAAAAUGUAAUUGUGCGAGAGUUAUUAGAAAAAGAAUUCCUCAUAAUACUACUUAGAAUCACGAAACAAUCUAGAAGAUGAUAAUGAUGUCAUCAACGAAAAGCAUUCUCAUUUUCCCAGAAAUUCGUGGUGAUAAUUUGUAAAUAUCAUCGAUCGUAAUGAAACAUCAGAUGGCAACAGCUUUGUUUAUAUCUCUGAACCUUUAAAACUAAAGCUGUACCAUAUCUCACCCUACGAAGAAAAUUGGCUGCUUUCAAGUGAAGUUAGCAUGGCGAUCCAACGAUCUUCAUUUCUGCCGAAACUGGUGUGGUGGAAGAAAAGAUGAGAAAGUUUGUAAGGCCUGAUAAAAUAACAUAACCUCAAGUCAGGGCUUAGGGUGGCAUUCUUAUAUCGAAGAAACAAAAUUAUGAAUCUGAAACUUCGAAACUGAGAAAUGAUUCCAAUCAAUCGCAGCAAUUUUCGAUUUAUUCCUUUUUCGUGAUGAUCGAGUCCAGAUCGACUUGGAGUGUUAUCGCGUUUAGACCACCCUAUCACGAUCCGGUCAGUCGGUGUUGUUGCUGACGAUAUCGGUUGAAGGCGCUGAAAGACCACAACGGAGACGCAUUUCUUGAGUAUAAUCGAUUUUUGAUUGGAUUUUUGCUUCAGCUUUAGCACCUCGAAACGAAGCAGUUGCGAGAUGAUUGGGACUUCGCUCUCCCACCUCAAAGCGAAAAGUAAGUUUGCGCGUCGAAGUAUAACCAUAAUUUAUGAUUAACAAUUUAUGAUAAUGUUAGUAAAUAAAUAAAUAAAAGUAUAACUACGCAGUAUUCUGAGCAUUUUGCGGUGAUUACGGUGAACGGAUGGGGGUUGAUAGUGGGUAUAAACGUUCGUGAGCUUUUUAACGAGCCGAGGUUUCGGUGCGUAUCAAGCUGGUAAAGAAGCGAAUGAGAACUGACGUAAAAUGUACGGCAAUGCACCUUGAAUGCUUUUAGUGAUGUGAAUGUGCACAAGAUCUGGUUGCAAUAAGGUAUAAUCAGGUGCUGCAGAACACAUAUGCCAGUGUCGAUGGUAAUCAAAACGACAUUAACAAUGUUGGUAUGACGUCAUACAUGCAUUCACUCUAAAGAACUACAGAUAGAUACAAAUAUAACGUAUAUGCAAACAUUUGUUAUGGUGAUGAAGGUUGAGGGACCUUGAAUAUUCAAAUGUAAGCUUGCCGACCGAAUUUUAUUAAUAAUUUCUUCAGAGAAAAAAAGUUUGCUAUUUGCGUUUAUGGUUCCGGAGGUACGACACAACACCUUUAAGCAUGAUUUCGACCGUAUAUUUGAUACUCGUUUUUAGAGUUAGUAAAAUAGCGGCACUAGUCGUUCAAUUGUCCUAUAGAAAAAUCCAGUCAAAUUCUCUGCGAUCGCUGCGCUGCUCAAGUGGCGAGCUUUGAACUAAUUUACAUGGAGAUUUGAAAAAAUUACUGUUUUUUUUAUACUUUCGCAUUAAUCGAAUAAUACCAUACAGAAACAUGUAAGAAUUGGAUAAAAAUUCAAAUCAAAUCAAAUUCUAAGAAGUGAUGUCGGGUGCUGUUUUCAAAUCUGGGAAAUUCGUAGUUUUUAUGAAUGGAUUUAGAGAUACGUUGAUAAAUUAUGAUCGAAGUUUAUUUUAUACGUCUAUUUACACAUGUUUUAUCACCCAAAUCAAAUCUGUAUGUGAAAUGAUAAUUUCAUCCAGGAUUUUCAAGUAUAAAGCAACGAAUAUUAACAAAAGAGUUUCACCCUCUGUGGUAUUUAAACACAUUCGUAUGUUAGGUAGAAUUCACAGUGCAACCCAACCAAGGAUAGCUCCUUCGUUUGUUCAUUAGUUCAUGAUGAUGUGCGCCAGGUGAUGAGUAUGCUUCAUGUGGUUAGCUUUAGAUGAAUGGUUCUAUGAGCAAACUAGAUUCAUAACUUUUAGUUCCGAAAAAAACAUUUCUUCUUGUGUUUCUAGAAUACAUACACAGUGUAAACUCCCAAGAAAUUGAUCGUUUUGAAAACGGGCUCAAAAGCAAAAUUAAUGCUAUACAAUGUGUGCAAUAUUUUUGAAAUGUUAUCAAAUUUGGUCUUGGAGUACAAACGUUAUGUUUAAAAAUGAUUUCUGUAAACUUACACUGAAACAACACCGAAAACAUUGCCUGUAUGACGUUGUUUCGCAUCUUGUAGCAAGCCGUGAAGCAAAGUUCUUCUAUCUCGUACAGUACUACCGAGAGUGAACCCUUCGUUUCAUUGCAUUACUAUGGAUUGCUUAGUUCAUGUGUUUACUGAGACUGAGAGCACAGCUAAUUUACCAAGUAAGGGAACUAGUCUGCUCAGUAGCAUACCAUCUCACGCAUCCAGUUUCUCUCUAGUAUUGCUUAUGUCAUGAAAAAUAUAGAAUUUCUUUCGUACUGUGCCGGCUCGGUGUGGUAACAUAGCGACAUUAUCAACGACGGUCAGUGGAAGUUCAGUCCAUUGAAUUACAAACGAAAACUAUCUGGCAAUAGAGCUUAAAACUUUAAAUCAAAUACAUCCAGAUGACACCAAAAGUGCUUCUGUUGAAAAAAGGAGUGUAAAUGUGCUUAAAAUGUGUGUAUAAAGUUACCUGCGCAUUCCACACAACCAAAGUAUUUAUUGAGAAAAAGUACACCCACUUCUUACACCCACUUCUUUCAAAUUAUGAUAAAAAACGUUAUUUUAUUCAAACUAAAAAUAGAUCCUUUAUUGUACGAGGUUUAACUUAAGCAUAAUGAAAACCGGAUGAAAUUUGGAACUUUUGAACGAACGUUAUUUAUCAAGUUCCGGACAAUUGUUGUAUCGCCAUUUUGGACGCUUGAGCAAAAAAUUGUUUGAACUCCUGCAUUUUCCCAGCUGCCAUAUCAGUCUUCUUGAAGACCCUCUUCACCAUUUCCCAGUAACGUUCGAUGGAUCGAAACUGAGGGCAAUUUGGUGGAUUGAUAUUUUCCUCAACGAAAUUUAUACCCUUUUCCGCAAGCCAAUUGAGAGUGGUAUUGGCAUAGUGAGCCGACGCUAAAUCCGGCUAAAACAGUGGAGGUGUACUAUGCUUCUUAUAUAAAGGCAGCAAUCUCUUCUGGAGACACUCAGAUCGAUAGAUUUCUGCAUUUAUAGUUUCGGUAGUGUAAAAAAUGGUUGACUUCAAACCAAAUGAACAUAUUGCUUGCCAUACCAGUACCUUUCGACCGAAUUUCUCCACUUGAAUCGACCUGUCCGCAUGUCCCCAACGACGACAGUAAAGUAUUGUGGACCUGUAAGUGUUUUUGAGUCCUCCUUUACAUAAGUAUCAUCGUCCAUCAAAACGUAUGCAUCCGGACACUGCAAAAGACGCGAAUACAAUUUCCGGGUCCUUGCUGCUUCUCGCUUCUUCUGUUCUACACUUUGUUUCGAGAUUUUCUGCUUCUUGUAGGUCUUCAGGUGAUUUCGCCUCUUGAUACGCUGGGUCAUUCCGACACUAGUUCCUGCUUUAUUUGCCAAAUCCCGUAUUGACAUUGAUUUGUUCUUCAUGAUUAGAGAUACCACUUUCUGGUCCAGUUUCGGAAAGACGCGGGUUUUCUGCCUCUUCUUGGUAGCUCAUCCAAAGAAUAGUAUUCCCCAAACUUAUUAAUUAUGGUUUUAACACUGACAUGAUGAAUUCCAAACCGCUUCGCCAAUUUUCGCAUUGUAAUAGCCUUCCCACUUAGCCAUGUGUCCAGAACCUUAAUUUUCACUUCUUUUUCAAUACGCGAAAUUUUGAAAACGCAGAAUUUCAACCGCACAAACAUGUAAACAAACGAAAGUUGACAGCCAAACGUACAGCAUGCUGUGAUCUGAGCAUGAAAAAGUAUCACAAAUACAUGCGUACAACACAAAUGUAUGUGGAUAGCUUAAUUACACUCCUUAGUUGUGUGAAAUGCGCAGUCAACUUUGUGUAUACAUUUUAAAGAGCAUUUACGGUUCCAUACAUCACCAGACGGCAUUUUUGGUGUCCCGGGCUGCUAAUUACAUUGCUACAGGGUGGGCAUUUAAAGUGGAAUCAUCGGGCGACCCAAGAACUUUUGACAGAAUUGUCAGAUCGACUAAUGACAUACCGCGUUGGAAGCGACAUUCCAAGACAAUUUUACCAUGGGACAGUACACACUAAAAGAACGAGCUGAAAUUGCUCAGCUUUACAUUCAAAAAAACUUCCCAAUUGUGAAAACCAAACGUUCGUUUCGUUCUAAAAAUGAAGUUAACAGUGCUCCCAGUGAUAAGACGUUCUAUGCCUUUAAGAACCUUCAAUUAUUUGAAGAACAGCAUCUAUACAACCAAAACGUUUUUUUCCAAGACGAUUUUGGAGCAACGAAACCUGUUAACGGUGAUCGUUAUCGUGCCAAAGAUAAACUCAAGAUAGAGGGAAUAGGACCUCUAGAUGAGCUCGAUUCACUGACAGUUUCAGUCUUUUGGAGCAAAACAACAAGCGUCUGAUCACUAGAUGCGUCGUAACUAUAGCAAUGAUUGUUUAUGUUUGGAAAAAUAUCAAGUUACAGUAUGAACGAUAUUGAGCAAUUUGCCUUAUAUCCAGUGAUUCUUACAAUAAAAUAGUAAAAACUACUUAGAUUCAUUGCCUAGAAUUUAUUUAGUUUGUUAUUGCCUCAUCCCAUGAAGCAUUAAAGUCAGUUGUAGCAAGAAAUCAUUUUGUGCUGAAUGUUUGCUUCCUUUUUAACUUGUAUUGUUUCCAUGGCAUUUUGCCGGCACUAGUCGACGCUUAUUAACGGAGGGUCAAUAAAAUUACAUUAUUACUGAACCAACUGGUUCACGAUUACUGACCCAACAUUUUUCAAUGAAUUAUAUGGGACAUUUUGAGUGUAUCUUUGAUCGUGCCAUGAUGAAUGAUUUUGUGAUGCCCAAGGCUCGGACAAGUCAUCGAAAAACGAUGAUUUUGACUUUUUUUAACUCCAAGAUACCGAUACAAACGAUGGAAAAAUCGGAAAAGGGCACAUUUUUUUUACUCAAGGCCAAAGGUGACGAAAUGAAAAUAAAUAAAAAUGUUUUUUCAUACAUUUUGUUCAGAAACAAAUGCUUCCACUUCAAAUGGCUCACCCUGUAUUACACUGUGGAAUCUAGAUGUAUACUAAUGGCGUUUUUCAUUGAAAAACACUGGUGGCGUGGAUUUCUCUGGUUUUGCACUUUCGAGUAAACACCGUCAGAAUGUUUCAUUUCUGCUUGAAAGUGCAAAACCAGAGCAAUCCACGCCACCAGUGUUUUUCAAUGAAAAACGGCAUAAUACUAUGUUCACACUAUGAGUUGAAACAAGUUUUAACUCUGAUUUUAUGUUUUAAGCGAAAUAACAUGUUUUACUUUUGCGUUAUUUCAUAUUCAGAAACGUCACAUUAGAACAUGUUUUCCCGAAAUAACAUGAUAUAAUUGUCAGUAAAGCACAACCCUGCUAGCAUUUUCCGUCACUUUACGACUAUGUCAAUUGACAAGCUGUUCAACAACAGCAGUUUUCCAUCAAAGUAGCCUUAUAAUCAUAAUAAAACAAAACUGGAAACUGGUACCGAUUUCUCGGUAUUUAUACAGAUUUUUGCCGUCUAUACCGCAAUACAGAUAUGUACUCCCGAAAUACCGAUAACUCACGAAUCAUACAGAUAAGUACCGAUUUUGGUUUUUAGCUUGAAUAGACAUGAGAAAAGGUUGUCGUGGGACCUUUUUUUUGCUCACCCCUUGGUGACAUUUUCUACUACUUAUGUAGAAGAGACUCUGAUCCCGAUAUGGUACAGAUAAAUUUUUGCGCCGAAUACAGAUUUUUGGAAAAACGACCUGAUAACGCAGAUUGGUAUAACCACUUUUGUUUUUGAAUUAAAAGAUGAUUUUUUAAUUAUUUGCUGCUCAAAAAUAUUCGAAACGUUGGCAAUAAGCGUGAAACGAUAACAUCCUUCAUAGCUAGGAGAAGUACCUGGCUUAGUUCUUAUUUUUCGGAUGUUAUCAAAAUACUUUUUUCUUUCCUACCUGCGACGUAGGCAUUUUUGCAGUUUUUUAAUAAACAAACUCAAUACCAAGUGCGUAUAGCAUAAUCUUAGUGUGAACAGUGCGGUUUUAACUUUAUAUUACUAUCGUUAAAACAUGUUAUUUUCUGCAGGUAUGAACAUAGUAUAAGUUUACUUCAUUUAUGAUAAAACCUUUAAUUUUGUUUAUAAGAAGACAGAAUUGAAGGUUUUAACAGAACGAUGAAAUCCAUAUUAUUCGUCCGUGAAUUGACCAAAACAUCGCUUAUUAUGAACAACAGAGAAUUGAAACAAAGUGGUAGCGCAUAAUAUUUGCGCUGCAUCUUUAAGGAGCCGUUAUUUAUAUGAGAAAUAUACAGCUGUCGUACUGAUCAAUUUGUAACUUUGGAAAGGAAACUUGGAACCGACAUUUUUUCCGAUUCGAAGCAACUAAAUCAAAACGUAGCUCGAUAAUUGAUCUUCGGGACAUCGGUAAAAUGCUUAAUUUUCGAAGUUCACCUUAUGUUUUUAUGUGAAAUAUUCAAACAAUAUUUUUGUGUCGAUCUGUUUUGCAACAGGUUCGUAUCAAGAUAACAAGUUACCUCGUGAUAUAAUAUUUAUUAGAGUUAGUUAACGUACCCGUGUAAAGGCCUAAUUAGUGGAGUGUUAAUUUCCGGUUGUUAAACGAAAGCAAAAAACUCCCACAUGACCUGUAUUUGUCAGAGUGUGAAUUUGUAAUAUAAAUUUUCUUAUAUUCAUUUGUGAUCUCAAUAUUUUUUAAAUUUGAGCUCGUUUUAUUGGAAAGAUAACAUUCUAAACUGAUUACAAGUAGGCUUCAUAUGAUCAGAAAACGAUUUCAAUACUUUUCCAAAGGCAAAACAACGCACCCAAUGUUCAUCUUCCUUUCCAUCCAAGAUCUCGGACCCUGAGACUACUAACGUGGUGUACUGAAGGUACAUUACUUAUCAUCAGCUGGUCGCUCGCGGCGGUUUAUGCGACUUGUUAACUUGUUACCACAGUGCAACAAGCACCUUCCCGAUCUGCAGCUGAAAGUUAUAAUUCAAAGUUACUGCCAUGGAAGAGCAAAACAAGCGCUGAAAUGUAAACGAUCUCUCACCCAAUCGAAUCGGAUAAACAACAAUAAUUGGAUUCGGUGUGCCAGCGGCAGUGGGGUCAUAAAAUUGCACCACUUCUUCUUUUGAUGUGCAACCAAAGAUGGCAAACGCUUCUCGCAGUAUCGGAACUCUCGCCAAAGGCCAACGUGGCGAAUCGAAAUAAGAAAGCAAAAAAUAACGUCCGUUGUUUCUGCAUAUGCGUACGCACCGUAUCCUGUUUGUUUUAGAAUGAAAUUUUAGCUUUUCAAAAUGACUAUAUGAGAGUCCUUAAAGAUGGUUGUUUCCCUACGAACUCGACGGUUUGUUCCAUCAGCUUGAAUGUUGUGGUCAAAUAUCCAUUUUUCCAGAAGGAAUGCAUGAAAAUGUGGUCGUGACUUGAACUGCCGUGGUUCGUUGACAAAUCACACACCUAUAAUUUAGUUAGUUGAGUUUUCAAUAGGAAGCUACUCAUUCCUUCAAAGUGAAUCAACCGAGUGAUCACCGGUGAAGUAUGAUUACAUUACCAACAAAUAUCGUAUCCCGUAAUCCUUCUGCAUUUCAAUGCCCUGCUUGUCUGUCGUCCUCGUAGUUUUAGCCUCAGAAAUUGUGUUUAAUACAUUUGAAACUAUACAAGUAUUACGUAUUACGAAGGGCCACCCUAAUAGCUUAGAUUGCUUUGUCGAAAUAUUGUAAAUAUUUAUUACCUUACAGUGUAAGUGAAGAGUUAUGUAAUGUACACCUGUGUCGAAGAACCGCAAGUAUUAACAACUGUUCUAUAGUUAUUAGUAGUACCCAGGUACCGGAUAUAUGUCUCAUAUUGUGCCAUUUACCUUAAACUAGAUUGACUCUGUCCCGUAGCAAUAAUGAUAUAAUUCUAAAAAUCAUGCGAUUAGAACCUACCUGACAAUCUUUUUGUGUUUGGAGACGUAAUCGAUGGGCAGUGUGUGAGUGUAAGAACAUUAAAUCCUGUAAAUUAGAAGCAAUAAACUUUGAUUUAGUUAA